CUAGAAAUCAAGGAGAAGAUUUAUUUCCCUUAAUAAUGGGAACCCCAUUUGAGCGAGUGAGGGAGUUAAAGAGAAAAAGAGAGGAAAAACUUGAUGGAGCCUGUUGGGGCAAGAGGGUUGCUACUGCUUACGCUACUCCAAGUCGUCCCCCAAUUGGUGGGCUUAUGGCUGAUGCUCGCCAAAACUAUGUUCAAUCAGUGGGCACACUUGCUCUUCAAGGAACUCUAUUGUCAACCAACAAAGGUACACAAAUACAAAUGAGGGAAGCUACUCAUGAUAGGGAGGCCUCCACCUCAUCAUGGGCUUGGAGUUAGCAAGUGCAAUCUUGUGAAGCAAUAUGUGAAGAAGCUCAAAGAUGCUAAAAGAAGACAGCAGGAAGCUGCAAUUGCUUUUAUUGAUGCUAAUCGCAAAUUCAAGGAAAAGAAGAAAGAAUUUGACAACUCGAACAAACAAGUGAAAGAGCUGGAGGAGGGGUUUGGCAAGCUCAAGGCUGAAUUGGCAGAGAAGGGUAAGACUUCCAAGGAUGCAUUUGAUUUACAGAUGCUCGAUGCUGUGACCCUUGAUUUUAAUUUGGCGAAGGAGCUGCUGCAGUUCAUGCAACCCGGGUCAGAGUUUCCGGACUUGCCUCUAUUGGACAUUAUUCAGCACUGUCCUUCUCUCCAAAACCAGUUCAAUGAAGGAGAUGCUGCCAACAUAGCCUCCAAUAGUCCUCAAUUUGAGGCUACAAACACCAGGGCUAAUAAUGUGGAACAGGAGGAUGAUGCAAAUGAUCAGAGGAUGGAUGAAGCUAUUGAGGCUGAUGACCCGGAUUGGAUGCAGCUACUUAGUCCGGAUGGUGGUGAGGAUCUUUGAACACUAUAUUAGGAACCAAGUAAAUUUUUAGAUUUUCU